CGUUUUGCUCGCGCGUCAUCGUCUUGCUCAGGCACAGGGCGAGCCCCAUCGCCAGCUUGUCGUCGGUAGCAGAGUCCGAAGCAGUGCCCCUCUCGCGCCUGUCUGCGGCCCCGGCACACGGCCACGGCCGACUGUGCCACAGCUCCACACCAUCUGUACGCGCAUCCCUGCCCCCCGCACGUACACAUGGCACCUCCAAAGGUACCGUGGCCUGCGCACGCGACCUCACAGUCGCUCGGGAGUCGAAAGUCUGCAUCACAUGCGGUUGCUCCCGCCGGGCGGACGCUACCCCGCAUGUCGAUCCAGUAACGAUUGUCUGUGUCAAUGUAACGGGCAGCGGGCGUAAUGCGCCUCUCUCAGGCCAGCAAUAAUGGCAGUGCUCUGUUUUGGAUCGACGGCAUAUAACGAGUAGCUCUCCGGCAUGCAUUGGGUGCAGGAGAGCCGAAUCGUGUACCUCGCCUUCCAGAUCCACAUGCUCACCGCAGACGGCCUUUCAGCAUGCUACUCAGACUCCUCGCAGAUCUAGCUCUCAUCACUAGCGGUGCAGCGCUUGUCCUGAAGGACAGCGUGGGCAAGCUCCCAGCCCUGGGUUGGAACUCGUGGAACGCGUACCACUGCGAUAUCACCGAAGACCAGUUCCUUACUGCGGCGCAUAAGUUUAUUGAGCUGGGACUGAAGGACGCCGGCUAUGAAUAUGUAAACAUCGACGACUGUUGGUCUGAUAAAGACAACCGGGACGAAUCUACGAGCCGCUUGCUACCUAAUCUGACACGGUUCCCGGACGGUAUCAAAGGAACCGCAGACAAGGUCCACGAGCUGGGCUUGAAAAUAGGCAUUUACAGCAGCGCCGGAACCCAAACCUGUGCGGGGUACCCAGCUUCCAUCGGCUACGAGAGCAUUGACGCAGCAACAUGGGCCGAAUGGGGAAUCGAUUAUCUGAAAUACGACAAUUGCAAUGUCCCCUCCAACUGGACCGACAGCUGCAAAGACUGCGUGCCCGAUUCUAUGCACCGCGACGACCUCGUCAACGGGACCUGCACGAACACCGACGGUCUCUGUCCUCCAGGCUACGAUUUCUCCACCUCCAACACGGCAGAGCGCUUCCGUAUAAUGAGGGACGCGCUUAUCGCCCAGAAUCGCACAAUCCUCUACUCCCUCUGCGAGUGGGGUGACGCUGGCGUGCAGACAUGGGGCAACACAACGGGCUCUUCGUGGCGCAUGUCGGGCGACAUUGACGCUACUUGGAAGUCUGUCCUCGCGUACCUGAACCAGAACUCGUUUUACCUCAACUACGUUGACUUUUGGGGACACUCGGACCCGGACAUGCUCGAGGUAGGCAACGGACUAACCAUCCAAGAAGCGCGGACGCACUUUGCGCUGUGGGCCGCCAUGAAGAGUCCUCUCCUCAUUGGCACGGAUCUGGCGACGCUAGACCAAGACAAUGUAGACGUCUUGAAGAACAAAUACCUCCUAGCGUUCAACCAGGACGAAGUGUACGGCAAGCCAGCGACACCGUAUAAGUGGGGCACCAAUCCAGAUUGGACGUUCAAUGCGAGCUUUCCGGCAGAAUACUGGAGCGGGGCGUCGAGUAAUGGGACGCUGGUGCUGUUGUUCAAUCCUUUUGAGGACACGAGAACGAAGACGGCAAGCUUUGCAGAGGUGCCGCGGUUGGAGGGUGGAGUCAAGUAUCGCGCGACUGAUAUCUGGACGGGCAAGGAUUUGGGGUGCGUUGAUGGGUUGCAGGCUGCAGUCGAGGGACACGAUACCGCGGGGUGGUUGGUUGGAGAGGAAUGCGAAGCGAGCACUUUUGUUAGCGAAGUCUGAAGAACGAGCUUGUCAUUACAAGGACCUCCGUAAGUGGAAUACUAUAGCGAAG